AUGGAGCAGCCCCAGUGUGACCUCCGGGAACGCAGCGGCCUACUUCACCUGGCCCCGGCUGCUCUGAGGGUGGCGGCACCUCCACCCCUGUCGCCAGCCUUGCCGGUCACUCCCGGGAUACCCGUUCCUCCAACUUUUCUGCGUCCCCCCAGACUUUUUUUGCGGGCGGCCGGGGCCACCGCCGUGGGCACCGGCAGCGAAGGUGGCCGGGCUCCAGGGCUGGAGAGGGCCGCGGGCGCUUUGGGCUGCGGCUAUCCGCGGACCCCCAAGUGUGCCCGCUGUCGCAACCACGGCGUGGUGUCUGCGCUCAAGGGUCACAAGCGCUUCUGCCGCUGGCGGGACUGUGCGUGCGCCAAGUGCACCCUGAUUGCAGAGCGCCAGCGCGUCAUGGCCGCACAGGUGGCUCUGCGCAGGCAGCAGGCCCAGGAAGAGAGCGAGGCCCGGGGAUUGCAGAGAUUGCUCUACCCCGGAUCCUCGGGACCCGACGACGGUCGGGGUUCGGGAGAGGGCAUUAGCAACUGCAUCAGCAGCAUCAGCAGCAGGACCGACAGUCCCCACGCCGACAACGGAACACACGCGUCGGUCACUGCCCUGGGACUCAGCACCUCGAGACAAGCUAGCGGUCCGGCCACCCCAGCUCUGAAACUUUUCCAGCCAGAUUUGACGGGGGGAAAACCAGAACAAAAAGUGAGUAAAUGUGACACAUGCCAGAAUGGUCAAGAAGAAAUGGUCUCCAAAUCUCAUCAAUUCACCCUGCCUAAGUCUAAUGAUGCCAUUGAAAAACAAAGUGCCAGGUCAUCUCUUCCGGAAAGCUUGUACAAAGAGGAUACCAUCCUUUCUCCUCACUCUGGAGAACAGUCAGGAGGUGAAGAGAGUCCUUGCUCCUUAUCAUCCUCUGAUCUGGAAUCUGGAAAUGAAAGUGAGUGGGCCAAAGACAGACCUGCAACCAAAAGAGGCAGCCUUUGCACAGCGACUUCAAGAUCAAGAGACCCUCUUGAUAUUCUGACCAAGAUUUUCCCAAAUUAUAGGCGCAGUAGACUUGAAGAUAUUCUGCAGAUCUGCAAAGGUGAUGUUGUCCAAGCCAUUGAACAGGUUUUAAAUGGGAAAGAACACAAACUGGAUACUAGGGAUCUAGCAAGUUCAAGAAGAUGGGAAAAUGCACCUUUUCAGAGAGCUUCAAAUUUUAGUUUUGCUGGAAUUGGUUUUGGAACUCUAGGGAAUAAAUCAGCCUUUUCUCCUCUUCAGACCACUUCUGCAUCUCAUGGAGGUGAAUCAAGCCUCUAUGGUUUAAAUCCUAGACUAGGAAUUAGUCCAUUGCAAUUGGCAUAUUCUCCAGGAAGAAGACUAUCUAGUUUCAUGUCUCCCUACCUAACUCCUGGGUUGGUACCAGCCUUGCCUUUUCAGCCAUCACUGAAUUAUGCCUUUUCAGGGAUGAUCAGGGAUUCUUCAAACCUUCCUAGCAAAGAUACAGUAAUUGGUGGAAGACUGUAUUUUAGGCCAACUGAGGACAAUCUGUAA